UUGCCGAUAUGCCCUCACAAAUAUACAUGAACUCUGUUCCACAGUCUUUAGGCCAAAUCAAUCCUCAGAUGAUCCAUCCAGGAAAUUUAGCCUAUGCGCAGGAUCCAGAAACUAAAACAAUACAGAAGAUCCGAUUUCAGAAAAAAUCAGAGCAGCUAUCCCAACACUCUUUACAUUGUCUACAGUCUUCAGCGCCAUCUUCUAAUGCAGCUACAACUGCCACAUUGUUUGGAUCGCCGCCACUAUCAGCUACAACAUCUCUAGACUCCCCCACAUCUUGUUCUUCUCCCGAGUCUUCAACUCAAGAAUCACCUGCACCGCUUUCCAAGUCGGCUCCUAUAAAAUCGGUUGUAGUUUCUGAUGAGCGUGGUCAUCCACAACGCAAGAGUAGUCGUGGUAGAUCUAGUGCUCCACGCGGACGACGACACUCUGGCAUGCGUGGUUCAGCUAAACGCAUGAACGCCACAACCCGUUCAUCCAACAAUCCUCUCUUUGAGUCUACUCUUGAUUUUCCCACCUUGUCUUCAUCCAUUUCCACCACUGCCUCACUCAAGCCUACUCUUUCAGGUGCCAUGGUUCACAAUGGUCGCCGCGUUCAAGUCAAGGUCGCCUGUGUAAAUUGCAAAUCCGCGUGUAAACGCUGUGAUAGCCAACGGCCGUGCGCUCGAUGUGUUCGAAUCGGCAAACAUGAUACAUGCACAGAUGCUCCACGCAAAGAGCGGCGUGCAAGCGUUCCACAUGAGACGGAUCAAUCUUUGUCAAGAAGAGCUUCAAUUGCAUGCACUGGUAUUGGUGCCGAAACUUUGCAUGCCACUGCCGUUCGGUUUGAUGAUGUCUAAGCUGAAGCAAGUGAUCAAAAUGAGUUGGAUGGAAAUUGUAAAUUCAAUCUUACAUCCAACUCUAACUCUACACCAUUCAUGUAAUUCUCUAUUUUUGGAGUACUAAUCCAUUCAAACAUUCUACUCUUAUACUCAUUAAGAUGAAAAUCACUUUUUGAGUUUAGAUCUUCCUGUUAUCACUUUUUAAUCGUAAAGUUUUUUUGCAUUUAAUUCCAUCUACGCUUGAUGUGCAAAAACUACUUUCUGUAAUUAUUUUCCCUCACUAUAGUUUGAUUAAUGUUGGAGCCUUUAUCAUUAUUGUCUAGCAUUUGUUUUUUGGAUGGUAUAAUCCCUUUUUGUUCUAGUUUUAUUAUUUUUACCCACUUUUUCAUUUUUACCUUGAUUUUUUUGGACACGGCUGUUGAAAGGUUAUUUUAUUUUUUCUCGAUCCCUAGGCGCUAUUCACGAGCCAUACCUAUUUUAUUGAAUAAACCUUAAAUUUUUGGAAAU